AUGCUUUAUUUCACGCUUUUGCUCCUCCUAGAGACAUUCAUUACCUUUAGCAAUGCAGGUCUCAUUCGUCCAAAACCACGCAUUGAUGUUGGACGUUGGGUCGAUCCGAUAACUCAUGAGCCAUCCUCUGAGCGUCCUGAUAAAGUUACGGAGGUAUGGCGUGGUGAUAGACGUUCGCCCUCCGAAAUUGCUCCAGCAAAUGGUUUUCAAUUGAAGGAUGGGACGCCUAACGAUAGUCUAUACAGACAUAUUCUAGGUGAAGUUCCUACCCAGGAUGUACUCUAUCCUGAAUCAGUUGGAGAAGUUUCUGGCUAUGUCGCUACAAGUUUCUUAAAAGAAGCUGGCGAAGAAAUACUCAAAGGUUUUAAUAACGGAGGUUAUCUCUACAAGAUUAAGACUUCCCACAACUUCGUCGAUACCCAAAAAACCUUGAAGCAAUACAAUAAAUAUCCAGUACAGUUGGAGUUUGCAGCCAAGGGAGGCAUCCCAAUGGACCAAAUUAUAGGCUGGUGCUCCUUCCCUGGUCGCCAAUCAAGGGCACGUGUUCCAGGUCCAUUUGUGAAAAACGACGACAGCUUUUACGCGGAACAUUUGCUUGAACCCACGAAUCGAACGUUCAACAGCGAGAAGUAUAAGGGUCAAACUGAUGGCGGUGCACAAUACGACUUGGCUGGCUUCCCUAAAGAUUUCCCAGCAUGGACUGAAUCCCCCUGGAAAGACUUUGCUCAAAAGCUGUUGCAAAGAUCCACGAAAUCUAUGCAGUAA